GGAGAUCAGUGUGAAAAUAAAUUGACAGAACAGUUUGUUUGAGUGCAAUUUUUCAGCAAUUUGGCCUUGCGGUUUAUUUUUGGCUGUAUUAGAUAAUUUUUCGUGGGAACAAUUCAUGUACGAUUUUUUAACGAUCAUCGUUUAUUGAGAAAGAUGGAUAGUAUACAGGUUCACGAUGUUAGUGGGCUGGUAGACAACGUUGCAGAAAGCGACUCAGAAGACGAGUGGGAUUACAUCAAGGGAGAAGAGGCAAACCAAGAAAAUAAACCACCGAGGACACAUAAAGAGAUCGACGAGAUUCCCGAAGGCGAGGGGUGCGAGGAAGAGCGCGCCUCACCGACCAUCAUCGCAGCUGAAACAGCUGCCGCUUGCGAAGCUGAGGCCAUGUCACAGCUGAACCCGAACGCAGCUGAGUUUGUGCCGGUCUCCCCGCCGGCCACUUCGCCCGUUUCCCGUGCAGCUAGGCUAAUGGAGGACGAUAUCAUCGCGCAGUCGCCGAAGAGGCCCAUGAACAUGGACAGGGUCAUUGACCUACAGCAAUUCGAAAACGAGAUCAAAAGCAGACCCAGCGAGUUGGAUGAUAGCUUCUGCUCAAAUGGACAUGAGGAGAAUGGUCAUAACCUGUCCUCAAACCUCCUGAACGGCAAGAACAUCGACGAGAUCCCCGAGUUCCAGCCUGGCAGCACCCCGACCAAAAGCAAGCCGGAUGAAUUUCAUUUCGGACCAAACGCAGCGCCUUUUACACCAAAACACCACGAUCAGUCUGAGGCGAUGUCCACUAAGGCUAUUUUCGGCGAUGAUUCAGCACAAAAUAUAGAAACUUCAUUCACUAGUACCGAAGCAACGUCACCCGCGAAAUCUCCAUUGAAAAAAGAAUCAGACGAUCCUAUGUCGAUGUCUUUUUACGCUAAUAGGAACGACCACAAUCCUUUCGACCUCAACAAAGUGCAGAUGUUGCCUGAUAACCUCGAUGAAUUCCUUCAUCAGUCUGAUAACUCCGCUGAGAAUGAGACUUCAGAACAGAAGUCUGGAGACUUGGUAAUGAACAACGAUGAUGCCCUGCAAACAACAGAUCUGGACAAACACAGUUACGACGACGAGAAGGAGCUAGCGUCACCUUUGGAGCCUGAAAAGGAACUGUCGUGCCCUGAUUUUAGGGACGAUGGCGUCACACCAGAACCGACUAAUGAAAAUUUGUUGUGUGGAGACUUCUGUCAGCUCUCCGAAAAGUCGAAAACGCCAGAACCUCUUCCCAGAGACGUAGAACUGAUCUCGCCGGAUUCUGCUCAUGAAUCACCACAGUCAAGACCAGAAAGUAUACCUCCAGAUGUUGAGCUACUAUCGCCACAACCACAAGAACAGAUUCCACAAAGUGCCACAGAAGUAGCAGAUUUACUCGGCGGUUUCGACACUGAACAACAGCAAGACUUACUUUGCGAAAGGCCACAGUCCAACUCACCAAUGUGCGAGAAGCCAAUGUCGGAAUCUCCAAUGUGCGAGAGGCCAAUGUCUGAAUCCCCAAUGUGCGAGAGGCCAAUGUCUGAAUCCCCACUGUGCGACAAGCUUGAAACCCAAUCAUCAGUAUGUGAGAGACCAGAGUCCAAGUCCCCUGUUUGCGAAAGGCUGACAUCUCCAGAUUUUGAGGAGAGGGAAACUAAGGAAGAAGAAAUGAAACAGGUGGAAAUAGAACCAGAAGAACCCCAGAAAGAGAAAGAAGAGGAAGAUGUGCAGGCAACAAUCGUUAUUGGAGCGCAGGAUGUUAUCGAAAUUGAAGAAGAACCAUCUGAAUAUAUUCCAUCUCCUGCAGCUGAACCUGUAGAUAUGGAACCUCAAGUUAUAGAACCUGUGCAGGAUCUUUGCCCGCUAGAAAAGCCCAGUGUAAACACAGAGGUAUUUGAGCUUGGAGACGUACAGGACAAUAAAGAGACAGAUCUGGACAAACCUGUAGGCGAAGUUGAGGUCAGAAUGGAGAAUAUAAGUCCGCAGUUUGCUGAACAGGCAUUCGUGAUGACUCCUUCUGAAGAAAGCAAACAAGAAGAUGUUCCUACAGCGCCUCUGGUAGAGGCGACUGUACCGGAACUCCUAGCAGCCCCCGCUGCUGUUCCUCCCUUAACCUCCGAACCUUCCGCACCUGCAGAACCCACUGCAGCUGAAACAGCUGCUGUAGCCGCAGCUGGCGUUGCGGCGGCGGCAACAGUUGCAGUGGCGGCAGCCGCAGUAGCUGCCAAACCAGCAGCUGAGGAUAAGAAAAGGACUCCCGUAGCAGCAAAGAAGGUGCCAGCUACGAAGACAGCUUCACCAUCACCGAGAGUGGGUGCUAAACCUGCAGCUGGAGCAGCUGCUAAGGCUAAGACCACACCUGUUGCGGCGAAAACGUCGCCCGCAAAGACAGCGACCACCGCAAAAUCGUCAGUAUCACCAGCAGCGUCAAAACCAGCGGCAGCUACUAGAAUGCCUGCAUCCAAACCAAAAACUAUUCCUGUUCCCAAACCAGCUGAAAGGAAACCUUCUACAAACGGAGACGUCAAGCAACCACCAAUCAGAGCAACUUUAGCUGCGAAAAAGCCUGCUUCUGAAACAACUGCCACCAAAACGACCACAAGGCCUUCGAUGACCGCCAGACCAGCAACCGCUGCCCCUAGAACGACGGCCAGUGCCCCGAAAUCGGCCCCUAGACCUACGACUGCUCCUAAGGUUGCCGCCCCCCGAACCAAUGGUACAACGACCUCUGCGGCUUCAAGGUUGAAGUUAACUACAACCAAAAAAUCGCCUGUAACUUCCAAGACUGCUAGUACUGCAACUAAGACUGGUGCUAGCCUACCAUUAAAGACGACAUCAUCGGCCCCAGCAAAGCCUGCCUUCACAACGUCCACAAAACCAAAACCGGCAAGUACUGCCGCUCCGGCAGCUCCUAAACCUAGGGUGCCGCUAUCAAGGAGGCCCGCAACAGAGACAGACAAACAGAGCAAGGAGGCAGUGAAUAAGGCUACGGCUGGUAGGACUACUGCUACUAGGACAGGAGUUACGGCACUUAGGAAGGUUGAGACCAAGACGGCCACAACGACCCGAACCACAGUGAUGAAAUCGACCACGACCACUAUGAAAUCAAACGCUACCAAAAAACCAGCGGAAAUAGUGCGAAACAAAUCUGCUAAAACCACAACACAAAAAACAGAAAUAUCAGAGAAACCCGAAAUGAACGGUAUCACAGACAAAGCUCCAGAAUCUCUUCAAGUAGUGCCCCAAACUCAGAAUGAGGUUUUCAAUACUGAUAGUGAGUCACAGCUCGUUAAGGACAAUUCCCCAUCUAUUGAUAACAAAACCAUUGAAAAUACGCUGAUCCAAACUAAUACUGCAGACUGAACAUUAACUUAAACCUAAAAAUGUACACUCGGGUGCAAAAAUCUACAGUUCGUCCUUUGACAAAAAUGUGAUCAAAUAUGAAUUCAACUGAUUACAUUAUGCGAUAACGAAUCAGAAAGUUAGAUUGGACAUCUUUAAGAAUGAAAAAGGGCAAAGUACGCCUCUUUUUAUUGCAUAUUUACGGAGCAAGAAGAAGCUAAACUCAAUCAGGACGCCCAAAAAGUAUGGACGAAUUAAAAUACAUCCAAUGUAUUUCAUAGAGAACAUAUAGUAGAAAAAUUUGCAAGAUUUAAGAGUCGUCUCUUGUGACCUUGAAUGAGCUUCAAUGUCAUUUGAAGGUCAAGAAAAUUUUUGACAACAGAUGUGAUCUUGAAGGUCAUGGUCAAGGUAUUUUUUUUUCAAACUUUACACCUUUGUUUUUCAACAUUUUUGCUAACAUACAUGUUCUUCGUGAUAUUUUGAUGUCUCCAUACUUUUUGGAUUUUCGUAUUGAUCAUCUUUUGGUUGGUCGCUGGCUCCAUUAUAUAAUGAAAAAAAAGUUUUUUUGCACCUGACUGUACUGAUUACGUUUAUCAAAUCACUGUUAUAUUUAAAACUUUUUUAUAUCUUUACGCCCCCCUAACUACUACGUGUGUAUAGAGCUGUGGUAAUAUUAGUUAUUAAAAAAAUAUUUAGUGGUGUGGAUAUCAAAGGACUACUACUGUAUUAAAAAUAUUUCAAGUUUAUACGAUAUUUAUAACUGAAAAAAAAGUCUUUUUCUUAAUGUGAUGACAUUGUAAAAUGUUAUGGCAUUAUAAAAAGAAAACGAAUUUUUAGUUUGCUAUAUGGAGCACGUACUAUGCGUGAAUUAGCUGAAGUUUUGUUGCAAACUUUCUUUUUUUAUGGUUUGUAAUAUUAGGAGAAUAUAACUUUUUCCGAAAUAUAAAUCUAAUAGGACCCAGCUUGAAUCUGCUGAAUUUUUCAGCUAAAACUUGUGAAUUACUUAGGACUUUCUCUAAUGAGAAAUUAUGACUUAAUAAUUUAAGUCGUAAGUUUUCCGUUUAAAGAAAAAAAAUUAACUUAUGAAUAUAGGUGUUUUCUAAUUGAAUGUCAAUAUUUUAGGAGGUGAUUUGUGGGUUUACGCCGUAACUUUUGAGAUACGGGCUUAAAGUUUUCAAAAUAAAUCAUUUAUUAGUAUCUGUAAAUACUACUUUAGAUAUUUUAACGAAAUUUGACAUAUACGCACGAUGUAAAAAGAGAGAUUUUUUAAGUUUACACUUUUUUUGAAUUCUCAUUAGUGGCGUUUGUACGAAAUUAAAAAAAUUGUUCUUGAAAUAUCCAAUCCUUUCCAAGCAAGCUUGAUCGCUUGAUAUUUUCUAUCCGGUGCACGGUUUUUGAUUAGAAACUGAAAUCCCGUUUCUCUGCAUGAUUAUAACAAUAUCGUUUAUAUGACAUCACCAUGCAACGAAAUUAUUAUUUUUUAGGUGAAAACUAACUAUUUCAAAAGUUAAGACGUUUAAGAUAUACGUUCAUAUGGAGCCUACUCUCUAAAAAUUGGGCCCAAAAAUCGCUUCCCUAAAAAUUGACAUUCAAACAGCUCAAAAUUGUAAAGUUCAUAACGAGGUUUCUUUCAGUUUAUCUGGCCUGAAAACCCAAAUUUCGAGUUGGUUGCAUCUAUGCAUUUAAACGUUUGUACUACAUAUGUGUUUUAGAUUUUUAUCAUUUUUUAAUUUGUUUUUUUUUUAUUUUAGUACUUUAAUCAUUCUUCAAAAGCACAAGGUUCGCAAUGCUGAUUUGUUUUGUGAAAAACAGAAAUGCUAAAAUUGCGAUCUUUGGGCUUUUAAAAAAUCACGUACAAAAAUAAAAAGAAAAAUGUUAAUGAAGUUCUAAGAUUCUGAACUAAUAAAGUGCAAAAGUUUCAUAGAUGCGAUCAUCUUAAAAUUUCAUCUAUCUUCAGAGAUGAAAAACCUCCUUAUAUUCUUCAUCAUUGCAAAUCUAAUAGCUUGUUUCAUUUUAUAUCUGUCAAAUUGUGAACGUGUUCCAUAUAAAAAUAGCUUCUUAUCGCUUAGGUGUGCUGAUGUGAUUGCUCGCACUGUAUAUAUAUAUUUAAAACUUUAUAAUUCGUAAAUUUUUAUAUAUGGGUGCUAAAUUUUAUAUUGGCCUUUUUAAUACUAUAUGUUGCAAAAAUUUAUCUAUUCAUAAGUAUAUUCAUAAGUUGGUCCGAAUGAUCGCAUCUUUCUAAAAACUUUCUUGAUUCGAAAACAAUAUUUUGACAUCCUAUGAUUCACAAUUUAGUAAGUAACUAAAAGUAAUGGUUUUUCACGUUAACGCCGAUUUGAUGCGUAUAUUGAAUUAAUAAGUACCCAAAACAGCCGGUUCACUGUAGUUUUGAUACAUUUUUCUAAAACAAAUAUUUUUGAAAGAUUUUGGUCCGUACGACCAACUUUAUAACCAACUUUAUAACAGUUACUGUCCAUUUAAAUCAUAUUAGCCGCAUCGUUUUUUGUAACUUGUACUUUUAACUUAUUUUUAAAACCGAAUAGAAAGGUAUUUUUAAUAUAGUUACACUACUUUUAUUUUUUUUACUUAAGAUUUUGUUUUAACGUUGAAAUUUUAUUAUCGCGUUUGUCCUUAGUUUGCUAUAUUAUUUAUUAUUUGUGAAUCAUACUACUUGCACAAAAUAAACUGGAAAAAAUACCAAAAAA